CUGAAUCGCCGUGGUCCCUCAAUCCUUUGCACGCAGGGAUUUGCAGUUUAUAUUGCGUAAUGAUACAAAGCAUCAAGCGUACAGCGGUAUGCAGCUGUCACGAAAUUUGUUAGACAGAACCUUCCUUUUUGGACGGGCUCAUGGACCCCUGUCACCAUGAUUAGCUGGAGCCUAUAGACAUUGAAGGAAGCAACCAUGGAGCCCAGCUUGGCGUCGACGACGCAGCUCAUAGAUGGGUUAUGGCGACAAGGGAGCAGCGAUCCUUCGACGGAGACUAUCAAGAUCAUCCCCAAGAUCCGGCCCUCCACCACCCCCGGCCAGCCGGAUGUGGUGCAGUGCAUCGCGCACAAGGAGCUGGCGCUGACCACGGCGGGCGGGCGGCAGCAGGUGCACUGGGCCUUCAGCUUCGUGGCCAGCCCGCACAUGCGACAGUCCACCUUCUUCAAGGUGGCGGGCCGCCCCAUGGCCGACCACCUGCUGUCCGGCUACAACGCCGCCAUCCUGGCGUACGGCCAGACCGGCAGCGGCAAGACACACACCAUGAUGGGACACCUGCCCAGGCCGCGGCAGCAGGCAGCGGCGGCACCCGGGGGCGGGGGUGGAGGUGGUGGAGGUGGCGGUGGCGCGGCACUGCCGGUUGAUGCCGGCCUCAUCCCGCGCAUCCUGGACUACGUCUUCGCCAACAUCGCCACCCAGCAGCAGCAGGAGACCCAGCAGCAGCAGCAGCAGACCCACCUGCUGCACCCGCACCUGCACCCGCUGAACCAGCAGCAGCACGGCUCUGACGGCCCGCCGCGCACGCCACUGCCCCAGGCGCAGGCGCAGCCCUCCUCGCCCACCUGCGUGACGCCACCACCGCCCGGCACCGCCGGCGGGCAGCUGCAACGCACCCGCCCACGCAGCGGCAUCCCCACGCCCAGCCCCGCGCCCCAGGCCACACCGGGACCGGGGCCGGGACCGGGGCCGGGGCCGGGCGGGCGCACGCCGGGCCUGACGCCCUCGCGCAUCCCGCUGCCGCCGCCGCUGCAGCGCGCCACGCCCGGCCGCAGCCCCGCGCCCGCACUGGCUCUGGCCGGCCGCACCCCUGCAGGCGCAGGCGGCGGCGGCGCCACUGCCGCACAGGCGGUGGCGGCUGCAGCCCGCAGCGCCGCCGGUCACAUGGGCGCCGGCGCCGCCAGCGGCAACCCCAGUAGUGCUGGCGCUGGCGGCGGCUGCAGCGGCAGUAGCAGCACUGGCGGCGGCGCCGGCGGCUGCGGCUGCGGCUCGCAGUACCUGGUCAAGGUCAGCAUGCUGCAGAUCUACCAGGAGGUGGUCACGGACCUGCUCAGCGACAGGCCCGAGCGGCUGCAGCUGCGUGAGAGCCUCAAGGACGGCGUGACGGUGGUGGGGCUCACCGAGCUGGCCGUCACCUCGGCCGCGGAGGCGCUGGCGCUGCUGCGCCACGGCGCCGCCCAGCGCGUGGUGGCGGAGACGGCCUCCAACCCCGUGUCCAGCCGCUCCCACUGCAUAUUCACGCUGCAGCUGGAGGCGCGGGAGCAGCUGCCGGCAGCCGGCGGCCAGCAGCAGCAGCAGCAGCAGCAGCAGCAGGGGGCGGAAGGGGCGGACGGGUCAGCGCUGGCGGAGGUGGCGGCGGCGGUUGGAGGUGGCGGCGGCGGCGGUGCUGACGGCGGCGGUGUGCCGGCGGGUGGUGUUGGUGUGGUGCGAGUGCGGCGGUCGCGCAUGCAGCUGGUGGACCUUGCGGGCUGUGAGCGCACCCAGAAGGGCGCGGACAUUGUCAGCGCCCGGCAGCGCGAGGCCGCCGCCAUCAACAGGAGCCUGUCCACCCUGACGCUGGUCAUUAGCCGCCUGGCCGCCAGCGGCGGCGGCAGGGGGGCGGGCGCCGGGCCGGUGCCCUACCGCGACUCCAAACUCACAUUCCUGCUGCAGGACUGCCUGGGCGGCAACUCCAAGACGCUCAUCAUCGCCAACCUGAACCCCUCGCCCGCCUGCGCCAAGGAGACGGAGAUGACCGUGGGGUUCGCGCUGCGGGCCAGGAACGUGCGCAACAGGGCUGUGGUGAACGUGGACCGGGUGGACGACGCGGCGGCGCUGCGGGCCGAGUGCGCGCGGCUGCAGCAGCAGCUGGGGCUGUUCAGGGCGCUGCAGGCGGAGGACGGCGCGCCUCAGAGCCUGGAGCAGCUGGGUGCCUGGCGCGACCAGGCCGCCGCGCGGCAGGCGGAGGGCGCGGCGGCGGUGCGGCUCAACGCGCAGCUGGCGGCGGCGCUGGAGGCGCAGGCGGCGGCGGUGGACCGACUCAACGCGGAGCUGGCGGCGCUGCGCGACCAGGGCGAGGCCCAGCGGCAGGAGGCGUCGGCGCUGGAGGCGUCCCUGGAGCAGGCUGAGGACGAGCUGGAGGCGUACCGGCAGCGGCCCACGCCGGAGCAGCUGGCGGCGGUGGCGGCGGAGCGGGAUCACGCGCUGGCCGCCGCCGCCGCCGCCGCCGCCCGCCUGGCGGAGCUGGGGGCGCAGCACGAGCUGCUGCGGGCGCAGCUGGAGGCGGCGCUGCAGCUGGGGGGCACACAGGCACUGGAGGCGAGCGGGCGGCAGGGGCGCGAGGACGGGGUGGAGGAGGAGGAGCAGGAGGAGGAGGAGGAGGUUGGUGGAGCGGGUGUGGAGGAGGUGGUGGGGGUGGGCAGUGAGCCGGCUGCGCUGGACUCGCUGCGGCGGCGGGUGUGCGGCCUGAUGGCCGAGCGCCGGCAGCAGGCGGGCCGGGAGGCGGCGCUGGAGGCCGCGUGUGCGCAGCUGGAGCAGGCGCACGCGGCCCUGCUGCAACAGCUGAUGCAGGCGCAGAGCCAACAGCAGCAGCAGCAGCAGCAGCCGGCGCUGCCGCAUGCGCUGCGUGGGUUCGGCGGCACGGUCACGGCGGGCCGCAGCAGUGGCGGCGGCGCGCUGCCGACCGUGGUGGAGGACGAGGUGUGCUGCUACGGUGCCGGCUUCGACAGCGGCGCCGGUACUCCCGGCAGCGGCAGCGGCGUGCAGGCCAUGCAGCACCUGUUGGCGGCGUAUGCGUCGCCGGCGGCAGCAGCAGCAGCAGCAGCAGCAGCUGUGGCAGCGGCGGCGGCGGCGCUGAGUCCUCACGGCGCGACGCUCAGCGGCUGCAGCAGUGGCGGCGGCGCCGGUGGAGGCAGCGCCUUCCUGACCCGGCUGUAUUGCGGUCCGGACGCACUGGGCGCUGACGGCGAGGGCGAGGGCGAGGCCGGGUUGGGCGGCGAGGGCUGGGGUCAGGGCAGCGGCCGGCUCUGCGGCACAGCCGCCCGCGCCACUGUCAGCGGUGGCGGUGGCAGCAGCCUGCGCCGCGGCAGCCCCACCCAGUCCUUUGGCGGCGCCGCCCGCAGCGCCUCUCGCGGCGCCUCUCGUGGCGGCGGCGGCGGCGCCGCUGAUGCGGACUUCCUAGGCACGCCGGUGUCCCUGUCCCAGGGCAGCCUGGUGCGGACCAACCCGCUGUUCAUGCACGAGGGCGAGGAGGCGGGAGUGGAGGGAGAAGUGGACGAGGGAGAGGUGGACAGCGGCCGCGGCAGGGACGGAGCCGGUGCUGCUGCGGGCCGGCGGUCGGUGGUGCUGGUGGGUCCGUGGGCCGCACGCCGGGGCACUCGCUCCAGUGCCGGCGGCCCCGCGGAUUCGGACUCGCUGGCGUAUGAACUGCCGCUGCCGCCGCCGCCCGGGGCCAGCACGCCGCUGCUGGAGGCGCUGUGGCGCCGGCAGCAGGGGCUGCAGGCGCAGGGGCGGCAGGAGGAGGAGGAGGAGGAGGACGAGGAGGAGGAGGAGGGCGCAGUGGAGGAGGGCGGGGAGUUGCUGGGCGAGGAUGAGGCGGCCUCGCGCUUUGGCCUCGACGGCGCCGGCCUGGGCAGGCGCCAGCUGCAGCAACGGCAUCAGCAGCCGCUGCGGGAGCGGCAGGUCAAUGUGGUGGAGGCAGGGCCGGGCGACGCAGACGGCGAGCGGGAUCCGUGGGCCAAGGCCAAGGCGCAGCAGCACCGGCGGCAGCUGCUGCCAGUGACGGCGGCGGCGGCUGCGGACCUGACGCCGUGCAGCCGUCCUGCCCACCUGCAGCUGCACGUACACAACGCCGCCGCCGCCGCCGGCCGCAGCCCGGCACGCCGCCCAUCGGAACAGACGGAGGAGCAGGGGGAGGAGCAGGAGAAGGAUCAGGAGAAGGAGCAGGAGGAUCAGGAGGGCGAGGCGCGGGUGGCGGCCGGCCUCACGCCCUGCAGCAGCAGCCAGCGGCCGGAGCAGGGCGCGGCAGCCGCCACGGCCUUUGGAGCGGCAGGCGCCCCCAGCCCGGCAGCACCAGCCGCCGCCUCGGUGCCGCGGUCGCCCGGGCAGCCGCAGCUCCAGCACCAGCCGAAGUUUGGCUCGCCCAGCCGCAGCCACAGCCGCCGCAGCUACGGCAGUAGCAGCCACCUGCAGCUGCAGCUACAGCCGCCGGCCUCGCCGCUGCGGGCGCCCGGCGUCAUGGACGAGAACGCGCCGCCCAGCGCCUCCGCCGCCUCCGCCUGUGCCCAGGCCGGCUGGGCCUCGCCCGCCUCUGCCGCCGCCGCCGCCGCCGCCGCUGCUGCCUUCAUGUCGCCCAGCAGCCGCCAUCACCCCGGCUCGGCCGUCGGCUUCCUGCCGGCCGGCGGGGCGGCGCUGCUGGGCUCGCCGGCCGGCGCCGCCGCCAGCACGCCCGGCCGCCGGUCGGCGCGCGGCACGCCGCGACGGCUGCAGCCGCACCCGGCCGACAGCGGCGCCGGGCCCAGCGGUGUGCCCGACUCGGCGCUGCUGCUGCUGUCCUCGCCCGGCACGCUGUGUCGCAACCCCGCCGCCGCCCGCUGCCACGUGCUGCUGUCCUCCCCGGCGGUCCGCGCGGCCGCCGCCGCAGCAGCUGGCCUCUCGCCCUCCGCCUCCCCGGCCGGCGCCGCCCGCCAUGGCGGUAGCGGCGGCGACGCCGCCUCCCCCGCUUCUGCAGCCGGCAGGGGCGGCGCUGGCGCCGGCAGUAGCAACAGCAGCAGCCGGCGCGGCUCGCCUGCUCCUGCUGCUGCCAGUGCCGGCUCGCUGCGGCGCCAGGUGGAGGUGCUGAGUGAGGACCUGGAGGUGCUGACGGCGGAGGUGGCGCGGCGGCUGGCCAGUGAGGCGGGGCUGAGGCGGCAGCUGGAGGAGGCCAGGAUGGAGGGCGCGGCGGUGGCCAGCCAGUGGGAGGACGUGCUGGUGCUCAACGCCGAGCUGAGCGAGGGGCUGGCGGAGCGGGAGCAGCGCCUGGGCCGCUUUGAGGAGCUGCUGGGCACGCUGUACCUCCAGAUGCAAUCCAUCGCGCGGCAGCAGGGCCUGGCGCCACACGACGGCCUGGCGCCACACGACGGCCUGGGCGCCGACCUGCCCCCCGCCUGGGCCGCAGCCGGGCCGGACUCCACACCCAUGUCGGCCCCCGGCUCACACACAUCCCGCCGGCAGCGCAGCCGGCGCGGCCCCGGCGCCUCCCCGCUCCAGCAGCAGCAGCAGCAGCAGCAGCAGCAGCAGCAGCAGCAGCAGUGGUUCUUCGUGACGCCGGGCCGGCCGGACGGCCCGCCGCGCCGCGACUGGACCACGGCCUCGCCUGGUGGCGGCGGCAGCGGCGGCGGCGGCGGCGGCAUGACGCCGGUUGGCGGCGGCGGCGGCGGCGGCUGGUCGUGUCGGGCGCCUCCGGGCUCUGUGGCGGCCAAGGGGCUGGUGGAGCUGAUGGCGAGAAUGCGGGACAGUCUGGCGAAGCGGCAGGAGCAGGCACAGGCGGCCGGGGAGGUGGCGGCGGCGGCGGCAGGCGAGCACCCGGCGGAGCUGUCGCCCAUAAGGUCGGCAUCCAGCGGCUCAGCCGGCUCCCACGCGGGCGCCUCGCGGCUGGAGCGCCCCCGCCCCUUGCCGCCCCAGUGCGGCGGGGGCGCGGCGCAUUCGGACGUGCACUCAGAAGCCCAGUCGGGCGGGGCGUGCUGGGGCGAGGCCCAGUCGGGCGAGGCCCAGUCGGGCGAGGCCGGCUCGGGCGGGCAGGCGGCGGUCCUGGCGGUGCUGAGCUCCGACCUGGCGGCCUGGCAGGCGGCGGUGGCGGAGCGCGACGCCGCCCUGGCGCAGCUGGAGGCCGAGCUGGAGGCGGCGCAGGAGGCGCUGGAGCACCAGCACUACGCGGGGCAGCAGCAGCAGCGGGAGCAGCAGCAGGAGCGGGGACAGGAGGAAGGAGUGGAUGGGCUGCAGCAGCGCGUGGCGGCGCUGGAGGAGGAGCUAGGCCGGCAGCAGGAGGCGGCCGCCGCCGCGGCUGCGGAGGCCGCGGCGCUGCAGCGGCAGCUGCAGACUGCGGCGGCCGAGGCGGCACAGGCGGGCGCGGCGGCGGGCGAGCGGCUGCGUGCCGCUGAGGACGGCCUGGCCCUAGCGCAGCGGGCGCAGGCGGCACGGCGGGAGGCGGAGGGCGAGGCGGAGCGGCUGCGGCAAGCGGCCGCGGCGGCGGAGGCUGAGGUGGCGGUGCUGCGGCAGGCGGCGGCGGAGGCGGCCGCUGCCGCGACGGCGGCGCGCGCGGCGGAGCGUGUGACCCAGCACGGGGAGGAGAAGCUGCGGGAGCGGCACCGCGUGUUGGAGGUGCAGUACCUGCGGCGGGGGGAGGAGCUGGCGGAGCUGCGGCGGCGGCUGGAGGCGGGGUCGGAGGGCGUGCGGGGGGAGGUGGAGGCCAUGCGGGCGCAGGCGCUGGCGGCGCAGGUGGAGGCGGCGGCGGCGCGGCAGGCGGAGGAGCUGGCGCGUAUGCAGGCGGCGGCGGAGGCGGUGGCGCGGGCGGAGGUGGAGGAGCGGCUCGCGGCGGCGGAGGCGGCGGCCGCGGCGGCGGAGGCCGCUUGCGCACACCUGCGUGAGCGCGCGCAGCAGCUGGCUCAGGCGCAGGCGCAGGCGCAGGCAGCUGGGUCGGGCAUGCGCGCCUCUUGCGGUGGCACGGGCGGCUUCAGCGCGCCGAUGCAGGAGUCGCAGCCGGUACCGCAGGAGGGCUGGGCCGCUGGGGACGGCGGGGGAGGGUUUGCGGCGGCUGCAGUGCCGCAGCCCCACCCUCAGCCGUACUGCCACUACUACCAGUACGGCGUGCUGCCAGGCGGGCAGCAGCAGCGGCCGCGCCGGCCCAGCGGCGGCGGCGCCAGCAGUGACGCCGGCAGCGAGGGCCCGGCCGGGUCCUGGGGCGUUGACAGCGCGGCCGGCAGCGGCGGCGGCGGUGGCGGCGGCGGCCCGCCCACCUCAGCCCGCAGGACGGGGCGCCACUGGAGCCGCUACAGGUACGGCGGGGCCCCGGCGUCCCCCGGCGCGCCCAGUGUGGUCACCACCGCGGGCGGCGGCCCCGGCGGCGGCGCCCGGGGCACCUGGGUGCAGCGCUUCCUGCACCGCCGACCCGCCGCCGCCGCCGCCGCCGCAGUGGGCAGCUACGGCUCCGGCGGCGGCCUGCUGGGCGGCACUGGCGGCAGCGGCCUGGUCAGCCCCCGCAGCGGCUACCUGCCGCAGCCGCACCCGACCGCCGCAGAGCUGGGAGCCCCACCUCCACACCAGUAUGUGCAGCAAUACGCGCAGCAGUACAGGUACAGCGGCGGCGGCGGUGGCGGCGGUGCUGCCGCCGGCGGCAGUGCGGGCGGCGGGCGGCCACAGGUGGCUGUGAUCUGGACGCCGUCUCGGCGGCGGCCCGCCAUUGCCGGCAUCCUGGUGCGCCAGGUGGACUGGGUGCCGCCCGGGACACAGGGCCGGGCGGCGGGGCGGGCGCGGCUGCCGGGGCGGCCGAAGGCUCGGUAGCGGUAGCGGCAGGUAGGCAGCAGCAGGUGGCGGCGGUGUGCUUGCCGGGAGGAAGGCGGCACUGUGCUGGCUUGGCGUCCAGUGCGUGGGUGGGUUGUGUGUGUGAGGUUGUGUGUGUGUGCAUGUGUGUGUGUGCGUGUGUGUACAUGUGUAUGUGUGUAGGUGUGCGUAAGUGUGUGUGCGUGUGUGUGCAUGUGCGUGUGUUCUGUGUGCGCCAUGCGCGCGGCGUCAUCAGAGUGUGCCGGGCUGCACUGGGGUGUUCGGGGUAGACGCAGGCGCUUGUGUGGUGGUGGCAAGAGUGCGGAAUGCGCGCCAGUACGGCACUAGGUAGUGUGGGCAGUUUGGCCGUGCUUGGUGCUGUACGCUGGCCAAUUGGAAGAGUGCUUAAACUUGAAGCCUUGGAACCUUUGAAGGUCUUCGCCGUUUGGGUUCACUGCUCGUUUGCCUAAGAAGAGGAACCCCGAACUGGGGUUGCCAACGCCUAGUCGCCGGCGCAGCAUGCAUGGCACGCUCGGCUAGCAGGUCCUUUUGACGAGCCCUCAAGCCAUCGCGAGCAAACUGACAAGUACAAACACCCAUAAUUCAUGCAAAUGACCACGAGGUCCCUUAGUCUC